AUGAAUACAAAUAAUAAUUUUAAUAGUGGAUAAUUUCUUGGAUAAGGUGAAUAUAAAACGGGAAAUUUCUCUUUUUAAGACAUUAAUAAUUUGAAUUCUUCAAGUUCUAAUGGAGCAGGCAAUAAUAAUUUUAGCAUUAAUAGUAAUAAUAAUAAUGAACUAAGUAAUUAUCUCAAUUUAAAUGCUAACUCAUAAGCAAACUAAAUUCAAAGUCAAGUUAACAUGAUAGCAUAUGAACUUGAUGAAGAAAUGAAAAGAGCAAAACUUGCUAAUGAUUUAAAAUAAAUAAACGAUGCCCUCUAAUCAUAUGGUUACAAUAGAAUUGGAAAUCUGUUUGAAGUGUCAAAUGAUAAUAUUGAGCAAGCAAUAAAUACGAUUCGCUCUCUAUUAUAAUAAAGACAAAGAGAUUUAGAAUUCAGAUAACUUCAUCAUGAAACAGCUAAGCGUGAUUAAAAUGAUAUUGCUUAAAUGCAUAAUGCAAUUGAAAAACUUUAGAUUAGAAACAAAUAAUUAUAAACAGAGCUUGAUGUUGUUAACUAAAAACUUAAAAAUCAAGAAAGAGAUUAUAGGGAUGAAAAGGAAAAAUUAAAUUCUCAACUUAGAGAUAUUACUCUUCAGUAUAGUAAAAUAGUCAACAGGGAAACGUAAUUUAACAAUGAAUUUAGAAAGAAAGAUACUAUGAUUAAAUAGCUACAAGACCAAAUUAAGAAGUACCAAUAAGAAAAAAACAUAAGUUAUUAAAAUAACUUUGAAAUGACCAACAAGUUAGAUAAGGUUGGACCUAACAUUUAUGCUGCUAAUGCUGACCAUGAGUUUUCUAUGAUGAUUACAAGAGAAAACGAAGAAAUUAGAUAAAAAUUAUUGAGAGAAAAUGACAUCCUAAAAGAAAGUUUGUCUUCAUUGCAUAAAGAACUUUAAGAUAUGCUUAACAUAAGGAAAGAAAUUUACAUAAGAAGAAGAAAGAUAGAGUUAGGAGAAGAUUAUAUAGAUAAUCAAUCAGAAAUUAGUGAAAUAAAUUUACUUCCUUUUAAAAAAGAGCUGUUCGCCAUGCCAGUUGAUCCAAUUGGAAGAGAAGCAAUAGAUAUUUUGGCUGAAAACAUCAAAAGAUUCAAAGAUUUUAUGAAUAAAAUAGAUAACAUUUAAAAGGAGUAUGAAGCUAAUUUUGAUGGUGAAUAAGAUAAAGAAAUAGAAAAAAUUGGUUGCUUAAAAAAUCUAAAAAAUCUUCUAAAAAAUUAUAAGUAUGUGAUUGAGACAUAAGACACUUUGAUCAAUAAAGCUAUUGUAAAAGCUAAAAAUAUUGAUAAUAUUAGCGAAGCAAGUUUCUAAGUUUCCAGAUUUAAUAAAGUUUUGGAUGACUAAGAAAUUGAGAGUGCAAAAUCAUAUUUGGCAGAGCAAAAAAGAUUUUUGGAAGAAAAAUCUAUGGAAAUGGAGAAAACUAAAAUUAUGAUGACCCAAACAGUGAGCAAAUUAAGCGAUGCCAAAAACAGCAUGAAACAAAGAAGGUUAGAGUUAGAAAAAGAUGCUUCAACUUUUAAAGAAAAUAUUAACAAUAUUGUUUAAAACACCUUAAAUGUAUUUGACGAUUUGAAAAUCAGCAAUCCUUAAGAUUUAGAUAAUAACAAUCAUAACAAUAAUUACUAAAAUUAAAGCUCUCAAAAACAAUACGGAAGCUUCUACAAGAGCCCUUUAUUCCCUAGCAAUUAAAAUAUUUUAUUUAGUGAAUAGAAAGCCGAAAUGAACAAUAAUUGA